AUUUUGUACCUGUAGCCUGAGUACACUGUGCACCCAUCCUUUCCUAUCUACAGUGUACUACAAUGAUUCUGCCACCGUUUGGGCCCAUAAUUUAGUUUCAUCGGUUGCCGAAGCAUUCUUCUAGCUUAAUAUUCGUAUAUACCAUUUCCCAUCGCGACUUUCUGAUUUAUCUCGGAGAAGAAAUUGGUGAACGCUUUCAACCAUGUCAUCUUCGGCCGCCGACAGCAUCUCGAAGCUCUCCGUUGACGGCGACAACUGGGCGUCAUGUGCUCCCAAUCUCCAGAGCAACCUAUCUAUUCUGCCUCCUCAACAUGCGGAAUUGGCUAAGAUGUUGUUGGAGGCGGGGCAGAGCCAUCUCUUUCAGCAUUGGCCCAUGCCAGGGGUUGAUGACGACAAGAAGCGUGCAUUCUUUCAUCAGGUUGCCAAACUGAAUACAAGUUACCCUGGGGGACUGGCAGCAUACAUUAAAAGUGCCAGGGAACUGUUGGCAGAUUCAAAAGCUGGGAAGAAUCCGUAUGAUGGGUUUACACCAUCUAUUCCAUCUGGAGAAAAUCUGACUUAUGGUGAUGAUAGUUUUGUUCAAUUUGAGGAGGUUGGUGUUAGAGAAGCAAGGAGAUCUGCCUUUGUUCUUGUUGCUGGAGGACUUGGAGAGCGACUUGGAUACAAUGGAAUAAAGGUGGCUCUUCCUCAGGAAACUACCACUGGGACCUGUUUCUUAGAGCACUACAUUGAAUCUAUUUUGGCUCUGCAAGAAGCUAGCUGUGAAUCAUCACAAGGCGAAAGCCCAAUCGAUAUCCCACUAGUUAUAAUGACUUCGGAUGACACGCAUUCACGGACUCUACAACUGUUAGAGUCAAAUGCAUAUUUUGGAAUGAAACCAAUACAAGUGAAACUUCUAAAGCAAGAAAAAGUUGCUUGCUUAGAGGAUAACGAUGCACACCUUGCCUUGGAUCCUCACAAUAAGUACCAAAUCCAGACAAAACCUCAUGGGCAUGGCGACGUUCAUUCACUUCUGUUUACGAGUGGGCUACUUAAAUCAUGGCAUGAUGCUGGCUUGAGAUGGGUUCUGUUUUUCCAAGACACCAAUGGCCUUCUUUUCAAGGCUAUUCCGGCAUCACUUGGUGUAAGUGCCAAAAAACAGUACCAAGUCAAUUCUCUAGCCGUUCCUCGCAAAGCAAAGGAGGCUAUAGGGGGCAUCACCAGACUUACCCACAAAGAUGGGAGAGCAAUGGUGAUCAAUGUGGAAUAUAACCAGCUUGAUCCAUUGCUUAGAGCAAGUGGGUAUCCAGAUGGCGAUGUCAAUUGUGAAACAGGAUAUUCACCUUUUCCUGGGAACAUAAAUCAGUUGAUAAUCGAGCUUGGGCCUUACAUUGAGGAGCUCACAAAAACUGGAGGAGCCAUAAAGGAGUUUGUUAAUCCCAAGUACAAAGAUGCCACCAAAACUGCAUUUAAGUCUUCAACUCGCCUUGAAUGUAUGAUGCAAGAUUAUCCUAAAACAUUGCCUCCUUCUGCUAGAGUUGGAUUUACUGUGAUGGAUGUGUGGCUUGCUUAUGCGCCUGUUAAAAACAACCCCGAAGACGCUGCCAAGGUACCAGAAGGUAACCCAUUCCAUAGUGCUACUUCUGGAGAAAUGGCAAUAUAUCGUGCACAUAGCCUCAUUUUGAGAAAGGCUGGUGUGAAAGUAGAUGAUCCAGUCCAUCAGGUAUUUAACGGACAGCGGGUGGAAGUGUGGCCACGUGUUGUAUGGAAGCCUAAAUGGGCACUCACUUUCUCCAACGUUAAAAGCAAAGUGAGUGGAAACAACUCCAUUUCACAAAGAUCUACUCUGGUAAUAAAAGGUAAAAACAUCAUCCUUGAGGACAUAUCAUUAGACGGAGCUCUAAUCAUCGACGCUCUUGACAAUGCAAAGGUUAAAGCUGGAGGGUCCUUUGAUAACAAAGGAUGGGUGAUUGAGACCGUUGACUAUAAGGAUACAUCAGUGCCAGAAGAAGUGCGAAUCAGAGGGUUCAGAUUUAACAAGGUUGAGCAGCUGGAGAAAUCCUAUAGUGAGGCCGGUGAAUUCUCUUUGAACCCUUAGACAUGGUUCGAUGUCUUAAGGGGGGCGAUGAUCAAUAUUGCAACACCUCUUCAAAUCAAAUGUAACAUUCUUUCUUCGAAAAAUUUGUUCCUUGAUUAUUUAUGUGAAGGGAAAAUAAAUAAUAAAAGAGUGGUGAUAGAUAGGCUGUGAAAUCUCCAAAUAAGUAGAUCCCUUCCAAGUUCCAACUCUUGAAUCAUCCUCUCUUUAUUUAAUUUAUUUAUGUCCAGAAAGCAGAUACAUUUAUAUUUGUGAACUUGUUCAUAAUAUCAUACUCCGUAUAUUCAUAUGUACAUUAUUCUAUGCACUAUAUGUUCAUCAUUAUUUGUUACCUCUAUUGAUCUGAUUGGCGCGAGG